AUGGGAAAUUUGUAUAGUAAGAACCAUCAUCAAGGAGAGUGCCGGUGGUAUAGUAUGGGACCGAUACGCAGUUUCAGACGAAACUCUCACCACACUUCAUCUACAACAACAACAAAUACCAAACAACAAGAAGAACCACAUCCAACCACUUCCUCGUCCUUACAGCGAUUUCAAAAUUCAUGGACUACUACAACAACGAAUUCUCCUUCACUCACCAACCACUCUUUCCCCUCCUCUUCCAAUCACAGCCAUACCUCUCAUUCCCUUCAAUCUUUGAGUCACAGCAACACCUUGAUGCCUUCGUAUCAUGCUCAUACUCAAAGCGCUGAUUCAUCCAUCGCUUCUACAAACAUCACACCAUUCAUCUCUUCUUCGAUCAUUCCUUCUGCUAACACCAUCACUACCCGUAACAUUCCUCCAGAAUCAUCGUCACUGACGCCUACAUUAAAACCACCUUCACCCACAGUCGCACCACCGUCUCAAUAUUAUUCACGGUUUACCAUUUCCUCGACGAAUACCAGUAAUAAUACUGAAGUUAUUGAGUCUCCACCAGUGGUUGUCAACAACAGUGCUACUGAUGGUACCAGAUUUGUUGAUACAUUAACGAACAACCAUGGUAGUUUUAGAAACAAAAGAUGUAAUUUAUCAAGACAAUCUUUUUCGCUGCCAAAAUGUAGAUCUUGGUUUAAAGAAAAGACGAAAAGUCUGCGAAGUUUACAUCUUCUGCGGAGAAGGUCCACCACCGAAGACACAAGAUCAACCAUUAUUACUGGAAUUCCACUUAUUUCCAAUGAUGACAACAAUCAACACAAGCAAGAGCAACAACAAAAAAAUGGUAUUGAGUUACAAGAAACACACGUAGUGAACAGCAACACGAAUACAGAUGUUUCUACCGGUGUUGGACAUGUCACGACGGGUACAGACACUCGAGAGGUGAACAGAAGCAAUGAAAGUAUUGAGCGAACAAAAAGAGUAUACUCUAUAUCAAAUUUGAGUGCUGCCAGUGCUGAUUCAUGGUCAAGUAGUGGAAAUGUGCUCCAACGAGCAGAAGAAUCAGAAACAACCAUGUCUUUUGAUCAGAAGGACGAUCGAAGAAAGUUGGCCUCAAUUUUGCAAAGUCGUAUCACAAGAUCCAAGUCAGAGUUCAGUAAGCCAAGAAUCUCUCAGGAAGUAAAUGCCUUUGGAGAUGAUUCGUCUCCUCAACGAGCCCCUGUGGCAAGGUCAUCCUCAGCACCAAGUAUUAUCAAUAAUGAACUUGAUGCUUUGCUCAGAGACGCAAUUGGUUAUCAGCUAUUCAAAGAUUUUUGUGAGAGCGAAUACUCAGUCGAGAAUUUGAAGUUUUGGAAUGAAUUGCAAGACAUGGAAAAGAAUUUUAUUGACAUGUCAGGAAAGAGAAGAAGUAAGGUUAUUAAUAUGGUCUAUGACAAGUUUUUGGAUGAGAAUUCAACUGAAGAGGUUAAUGUACGAGGUAAAACUAAAAAGCUAGUUGAUCAAGAGAGAAAGAGUGGCAACAUUGACCUAGAGAGAGGAAGCCAACUUAUUCACGAGCUUAAGAGAGAUUUGUACAUUAACAUGAUUGAUUCGUUUUCUAGGUUCCAUCGCACUGAAGAGUAUAGACUCUGGAAAGAGCUCAAAGAAAAUCCAGAAAAUACCUUUGAGUUUUGA